UUGCGUGGUGUCCAUUCAUCUAUGCAUAUGCAUUUACACAGUUUUUGCUCUGCUAUAAAAGUCCGUUUCGCUCCAACAUUUUUGGUCACAACUAUAUUUUCUGCACUCUUAUUUGUGUAAUUGAAGUAACUGCGAGUUGGUUAAUUAUGGCGGGGAAACUUAUGCACACAGUUCAAUAUGAUUGUUACGGUGGAGGAGUCGCUGGUUUGAAGCAUGUUGAAGUUCCAAUUCCCACUCCAGGUAAAGAUGAAGUGCUGCUGAAGUUAGAAGCCACCUGCUUAAAUGCAUUUGACUGGAAAAUUCAGAAGGGUGUAACUCGACCAUUUAUUCCUUGCAGAUUUCCUUAUAUACCUGCUACUGAUGUAGCAGGAGUAGUACAGGAGGUUGGACCUGGCGUCAAGAAUUUCAAACCAGGUGACGAAGUUGUUGCUAUGUUUUAUCAUUUUACUGGAGGUGGUUUGGCUGAGUAUGCGGUGGCUAAAGAGAGCCUGACUGUUCCAAGGCCUCCUGAAAUAUCUGCUGCUGAAGGUGCAGGCCUGCCUGUUGCUAGUCUUACGGCUCACCUAGCCCUUACUCAAUCUGCCGGGAUCAAGCUUGAUGGAAGUGGCCCACGGAAAAAUGUGCUCAUCACUGCUGCCUCAGGUGGUGUUGGUCAUUAUGCCGUUCAAUUGGCAAAGCUCGGAAAUACACAUGUGACGGCUACUUGUGGUGCCCGGAAUGUUGAUUUUGUGAAGAACUUGGGAGCAGAUGAGGUUAUCGAUUACAAGACCCCAGAAGGAGAAGCUCUUAAGAGUCCAUCAGGUCAGAAAUAUGAUGCAGUGAUCCAUUGCACAACAGGCAUUCCAUGGUCUGUUUUCGAGCCUAAUUUGACUGAAACGGGGAAGGUAAUUGAUCUCACUCCUGGCCCCAGUGCAAUGUGGACCUUUGCAAUAAAGAAACUUACUUUUUCUAAAAAGCAACUGGUGCCAUUUCUUCUAAUUCCCAAAAAGGAGGGCUUGGAUGCCGUUGUUAAGUUGGCAAAGGAAGGGAAGCUCAAGACAGCGAUCGAUUCAAAACACCCUUUGAGCCGAGCUGAUGAGGCAUGGACUAAGUGCAUUGAUGGUCAUGCUACUGGUAAAAUUAUUGUCGAGCCAUGAAUCGGUUAACAACAAUACAACAAUGACUACUGUCUCAAGUGGAUCGCGCCAUGUUCGUAUAAUUAGAAUAAAGAGUUGUUUUUGUGAGCCAUUUGGAUAGGUAUGUGCCUUUGUAAUGCUUAAGUCACAUUAAUUAAUUGGUAACAGACAAUUAUUUCUCGUAUUCAA